AUGACUGAAGUAAACGAAAAUUCAGACUCUGGAAUUAAUUCAGCACCCAUCCAGUUGAGUGAAGAUGACUGGCUACAACUAUUACAGAAGCUUACACCAUCUAGUAUUGAAAGCUUGCAGCAAACCUUGAAGCGGCUACAAACUGAGCAUAUCAACACAACAGAAAAGGGAAAUACAUCAGUACCUUUUGUCAGCUGCUCGCCUUCUGUUCUUGCACCACAGCCUCUUAUUAGUCAGGCUCAUCCAAUUGUUAUGUCACUUGGUAUGCCCAAAACUCCCAUUGCACCAGUGAUGGCAAUGCCGCAUGUUCUAAACAUUUCUAAAAAUACAGCGAACUCUAUCCCAGGAAGGAUUGUUCUCCCCUCAUCAGCACUUCUUAUUGCACCCCCAGCCCAUGGACAAGCAUACUCUUUAGAUUCGUGUUUGCCAGUUGCUGAUCUAAGUAGGUUAGUUGUUACUAGUGGAUGUUUUCCGAAUGUGACUUCCGGUUUGCUUGCAACUACCACUAUACCUGAAUCCUUCAGUAGUUUAAACACGCUAGCCAAUGCAGCGGUUGCUAUGGCUGCAAAUGCCUCACACUGGUCAUCUGGUGUUUCAAUCCCAACUACUACCACCACUACUACCACUAGCACAACAGUUCAAAUGUCUAAUUCAUUUCGAUUCUCCCCUAUUCCAUUUACUUCUAUUUCAACCGGAUCUACCAUUUCUACAUGCAAUUCUGUUAAUGAAUUAAUUCAUCAUUCUACGUCUACAUCUAAUUCCGAGUUUACUACACCUAUUUUAUCGAGUUUAGGAUCAACAAGUUUAACAGUCUAUCCAGUUCAUGUUUCUGCUAAUGGUUCAACUGUACUAGUUGCUUCAUCACCAACUUCUCAAGAUAUUUCUAAAUCGUACAUUACAACUAACUCAUCAGUAUCAUCGUCAUCAGUCUGUUCUACAUCAUUUGGAAAUUAUUUAAAUUCUUCUGUAGAAGCAUCCAAUUUAUCUCCACUAUCUAUUACAUGUAGUUCUAAUUUAUCUUCAAAUUCAAUUACUAGUCCUACGCCUAUACUUACAUCAACACCUCGUGGUAAGCCUAAAUUUAAAGCAUUAUGGGAGUCUACUCUUUCCAAUAAUGAACGCAUUAAUCAAUCUAUUGUUAAUGAAUCUUUAACAAACCUUGAACAUACAAUUCAUUCUGUCAAUGAAUGUACAACCACAAAUUCUACCUUACCAAUCAAUUCAAUCUCAAGAACAAAUCGUACAAAUAAACGUCAAUCUCCUAUGCUUGGAAUUAAAUCUAUUGGUCAAACACCUAAACGUCUUGCUGCAACAGCUGCAACACUUUCACAAGAAAAUAAAUCAAUUUCUUCAGAUGGAUGUAAAAAGUUUCUUCUUAUUUGUUCUCCAUCUAAAAAUAUUCCAGUAAAAUCACAAAUCGAACCAGAUUCUGGUAUAUGUUUGUCGUCUAGUGGUGGUAAUCUUUCAGAGUCUGUUUUAUCGAAAAAUACAUCUUCAUGCACAGAAUUAGAUAUAACAGAAUCUUGUAAUUCUACUACUCGUCAAUUGAUUACUAAUAUAUCAGAUGAUCGUGUAAAAUUACCUAAAAAUACAGAACGUAAUAAUAAUAUUUCACUGAAACAAUCCAGUUUAUUACACUCUACAGGAUCUAACGUUUCGUCUGGUCGCGACUCUUCAGACAUAAUUGAAUCUGACCCUAUUGUUUCUGAAGUGUUUAUGGGGAAAACAUUCGAAAAUGGAAGACGAAGUUUAAAGGAAGAACCAGUUAGUGAUGAUGAAGCUAGACGUCGUGCUAAACGGCGUGAACGUAAUCGAGUCGCAGCGGCCAAAUGUAGACAAAGAAGACAAGAUCAAAUUGAAGAGUUACAACAUCGUGUUGAUGCAUUGACUAGAACAGGACAAGAGCUUCGUUCAUCUCUACAUUCGUUAGAUUUAGAACGAGCUAGACUAGAAAGUCUUGUGGAAGAGCAUAAAAUUGCGGGUUGCCCAGCUGCUGAGAAGAUUUUACUAAUGAAUCGAGAAUAUUCUGACAGUGCUGGAUCAUUGGAAAAUUGUUUAGAUCUUGGUAAAACGGAUGAAUUGAUGGAUAGUAACUCUACUUUUUGUGAUGAGAAACUGGUUAUUUUGUCGUCAGCAUUAGCAGCAAAAACUACAGUACCAGAACGUUUGCCUAUUUCUUCUUCUUCAUGUAUAACUUCUUCAUCUCACCUUUCAUCUACAGCUGGAUUAACGGCAACAUUUCCUACUGUCAACAGUUCCACUGUUGCUGCUACCACUACUAGUAAUUGUAGUAGUAAAUUGAUUUCAAGUCAUUUGAAUGUUCCUUCGAAUUUACAGAAGUCAGAUUUACGUUUUCAUAAUCGUUUAACCACAAAUUUCGUCCCUCUUAUUCCCAGCAGAAAUAAUAAUAAUAAUUCAACUGUUAUUACUACUGUCGCUGCUACCGUGACAACUUCUGUUACUACUACUAAUACUGCUGAAAAUAAUCAUACUGCUACUACUACUAGUAUUAGUAUUAGUAGUAGUAGUAGUGUUAGUCUUAUAAUUAAUUCCAGUGAAGAUCAGAAUCGUUUAACUUCGUCAACAUUAACUGGAACUAAUUCAGAAACGAGUGAUACUUCAACAAGAAAAAAUAUUGUCGCACGUUUUGUUUCUCGUCCAUCUACUCUACUACCAUCUUCAUCAUCAUUAGCUCAACCUUUAGAUGUCAUUAAAGCACAACGUCAAGCUGUUUCUAAAUUUGCUGAUGGAAUAAAUCAAACAAUUCAUCCAACUUCGUCGAAUAAUUUAACACCGUGUUAUUGGUCAUCAGAUUUACAAAAUUUAUCACCGAUUCUUACACCAUCCACAUGGAAACUAUUGAAAAAUUUAACUUCUUCCAGUUGUAAUAAUAAUACUACUAAUAAUAAUGGUAUUAAUACUAAUAGUAUUCAACAAUCUUUUCUUCUAACGCCAACAUUAAGCCCACUUUAUCCUGUCUUACCUACACAAGCAUUCACUUCUAUUACAAGUAUGGAAUCACUGAGAUCUGUGAGUAAUCCUACUAUUAUUAUCACUUCCACAACUACGAGUACUCCUUAUUCUUCUACUACUUUGACUAAUAAUAACACUACUGCUAAUAUGUGUGCUAAUAAUGGUAAUAAUAAAGACAAUAAUAAUGGUACUAAUAGUACUGUUCUCUCUGUGGUUGAAUCUAAUCCAACCACAUAUGUAAAUAAUAAUUUGCUCAUCAAUCCUACUACUGUGACAACUACAAAUAUUAACAAUACUACUUGUUCAUCGUUGGAAACUACCUUUGAUAACUGUGAUAAUAAUACUAAUAAUAAUCGUACAAGUGAAUCAUCAAAUAUUCUUAGCAAAGAUAAUGAUAACGAUAAAAGUAUUGUUGAUGAAUCGAGUCGCAUUAUACUAAUGCAACAAUCAAGUCAAUUAAACGGACAAUAA